UGUUCAUGAGGUUAACUUGUGAUCAGCUGUAUAAAACAGAGAGCUCUGGCCGAGUUCUGCAAAUUCAUACAGAUAUUUGAGAAGUAAGGACGUUAUACUGUUGUGCGUUAUCUUUGAGAUUUUAGGAAAUAUUUGGAUUGCGUCUAGUGUAAAAUAAAGAGUACAAUUAUGUUGGACAACGAAAUGAACAAGAACGAGGUGCAGGUUGCAGUAAGGCCCAUGGCCAUGUUGGGCGGCGUUUCUGCGGGGAUCUCAUCUCUGCCAAUGGAGGGUAGUUCAUCAAUGUCUGCCAUGCCACAUUGUCCGAAAGGCGGUAUUAUUGUUAAGGUGGCUUAUGCUGGUGUGUGCUACUCAGAGGGUCACAUCCGAAAAGGUCAUUUCCGACCAGCUUUACCAGGCCCUGAGGUAGCAGGCAAAGUUUAUGAUGUUUGCAACACUAUUCCAAACUGUAACAUCAUGCCAGGGGAUAAUGUAAUAGUCUUCCCAGGUGAAGAUGUAAGCGAACACUACCAGGAGUUCAUCUCUGUUGAGGAUGCUGAAAACGUCCUCCAGGUUCCAAACUCCAUUCCUUUGGAAGUGGCAUCUAUGCUGGCUGGCAGUGCUCUAUCAGCAUACAACGCAGUAUUAAAGGCCAAACCCCAUGUCGAAAAACUCCAGAGCGUGAAAUCUUGCGUGAAUGUACUCAUUGUCGGAGCUGGAAGUUUGGGCCUGUGGACUCUGAGACUGGCCAACUACCUCAUUGGCAAUGAGAACUCCAACAUCCGUCUGUUUGUGGCAGACAACAGCAUUGACAAACUUAUCACUGCUCAGGAGCAUGACUGUCACGACAUUAUCCACUGGUGCGAGGAAGACCACGAGCAGUACAUCAUUGAGCGGACAUUGGAUGCGUGCCGUGGUGGCGUUGAUAUUGUCGUUGACUACAUUAGCUCUCCUAGAACCAUGAUGAGGUCACUGCGAGUACUGAAUAGGGAGGGUCUUAUCCUCGUAGGUGGCGAUGCAAUGACCGAGGUGUCCAUUAACCUCAACACAUUGGCAGCCAAGCAACAGAGCAUUGUUGGCAUUCCACGGGGCACUGUUGGCCAAGUGGCUGAGCUUGUUGAGGCUAUUGCAGACAAAAAGAUUGAGCCACCAUACUACACAGUACAUAAUAUGGAUGACGCUAAGGACGUUUUUGAUGAACUGUUCAACUGCCGAUUGACGGGCCGAGCAAUCUUGAGGUUUAACCACUCUAACACGACACUGACCUCAGAUGUCACUGACAACUGCUAGCCACUUGAUCUUCAUCAUUGAUAACAUUUAAUCAAUUACGACACAAAUCACCACAUCUAUGGUGUAAUGGUCAAUGUGAUGCGAUCUAGAUCUAGCCGACAUUAUUUCGCACUGAUCUCAGUUGGAGACACUGUUGUCAUGGUGACAAGGACUGGCGCAUAAUACGCACAAGACUUGCCAUUUAUUGAGGAUUUGACUGGUCAGUAGCCGGACACUGGAUCUGAAGGGAGACGGUACUGCAGAUGAUCGUCUCCAACCAUGGUUUUGUCAGUUGUGAUCAUUGGGUCAUGGACUUAGUUUGACGGUGCUAGUUUAUACAGCCUUAGCUAAAUAUGAGACUUUGGUGCAUACUGAAACUAGCCAUAAAACAAAAUCACAUUAUGCUGCAUCAGUAAUUGUUGUACAAGUACAGAUUGUGAAACAAUGUUAAAUGAUUCAGAUGUAGUGAAAUGAAAAAAAUAUGGCAAAUUGUAGCAAGGACUGUAUAAACACUCGAGAUUAAUGUAUUUAAUGCAUUUUUUAAGAUUUUCGAUGUGUCCAGAUUUGCCAUUUUCAAACAUUAGCGCAUCUUUGUCUUAUUAAUGUUCAUCGAAAUGACAAUUUGUUGAUCAAAGUGUACAUGCAUUGAAAGUGCUACUUGUCUGCGCAGAUGCCAUUUGGCUACACUCAUUUUCAUCAUUUUGGUAUUCAUAAUUGUUAUAAUUUCAUUCAUUUCUGUGAUUAAUUUCAUCAUGAAAUCUUGAUGUUACAAGAAAAGUUAGUUUAUGAUAAUGUAUAAAAAAAAUACCAGCAUGCUGUUAUUUUUAAGGUGCAGAACGAAGUUUAGAUGUUUGUUAGUGGUUAUUAAGUAUUUUGUUUUAUAUUGUUUCGAAAGUGUUCAAUUAUUUGUCGAAAAUGAAUAAAAUCAAUCUAGAAAAAACAAUAAAAUUACAAAUUAUA